AUGGAUGCCUGGCGCAGUGCUGCGGUUGAAGGUGCCAGUGCAGAGCAGCACGCCGGUGUGGGAGUGGGUGCAGGCUCUGCGGGUUGUGCGCUGGCUGCGCGCUUGUCAGAGGUACGCUCAUGGCAAGUGCUGCUGCUCGAGGCCGGUGGGCAACCGCCUGCCGCCAGCAAGAUUCCAGCUUUCAGCAUCCACUCAUACAGCCGUAAGAGUAUCUACAACUACUACUUCUCAACGACCAGUCAGAAGAAUGCACUUUACGCCUACGAAAAUAACAAACUUGUUGCGAAUGCGGGAAAAGUCGUUGGAGGCUCGAGCGCGGUAAACUACAUGCUGUAUUAUCGCGGCAACCGCCGUGACUACGACCGCUGGGCGGCCCUCGGCAACACUGGCUGGGACUACGAUACUGUCCUGCAAUACUACAAGAAAGCAGAGAACUAUGAAGGAAAACUCUCUGCUGAAGACUUGCCGUAUCAUGGUUUGGGAGGACCACUCUCGGUCUCGAACUCGAAUUGGUUCGACCUUUCCAAGUAUAUCUUCGCGGCGGCCAAGGAACUGGGAUUUGAAAAAAUUGACCCAAACGCUAACAAGACAAUUGGUAAGUAUU